AUGUGUCAAUGAAUCAGGAUAACGAAGUCGGGGAUGGGACAACAUCCGUUACAGUGCUUGCCGCCGAACUCCUCAGAGAGGCGGAGAAGUUGGUGAAUCAACGUGUGCAUCCUCAGACGAUCAUAUCUGGAUAUCGACGAGCUUUGACAAUUGCUCAAGAUGCUCUUCGUCAGUCGUGUGUCAGCUCAGGAGAAAAUCUAGAGGAGGAUCUACUGAGAAUUGCUCGCACUACUUUGGGCUCAAAGAUUCUGAAUCAACAUAAGGAUCAUUUUGCCAAGCUUGCUGUUGACGCUGUCCUCAGACUAAAAAGCUCAGGAAAUUUGGAUGCCAUACAAAUUAUCAAGAAACUUGGGGGAUCGUUGAACGAGUCCUAUCUUGAUGAAGGGUUUCUUCUCGAAAAGCUCCCGGGCAUGUAUCAACCUAGAAGAGUUGAGAAGGCUAAGAUACUGAUCGCCAAUACUCCCAUGGAUACUGACAAGGUGAAAGUUUUUGGUUCAAGAGUACGUGUUGACUCUGUUGCCAAGGUAGCAGAGCUGGAAGCGGCUGAGAAACUCAAAAUGAAAGAAAAGGUGGACAAAAUCCUUGCGCAUAAUGCAAAUGUAUUUAUCAACAGACAACUUAUCUAUAAUUAUCCUGAACAGUUGUUUGCCGAUGCUGGUGUCAUGGCUAUCGAACAUGCCGAUUUUGAGGGCAUUGAGAGACUAGCGCUGGUCUUAGGAGGUGAAAUUGUUUCGACUUUUGAUACACCCGAAAAUGUCAAGUUCGGAUCAUGCGAUCUCAUUGAAGAAGUGAUGAUCGGAGAGGAUCGUCUCCUGCGUUUUAGUGGUGUACCGCUUGGUGAGGCCUGCUCCAUUGUUCUUCGUGGUGCUACUCAACAAAUAUUGGAAGAAGCGGAAAGAUCGCUUCAUGAUGCACUUUGCGUCCUUAUUACUCAUGUGAAGGAAUCGAAAACUGUGGCUGGAGCAGGAGCAUCUGAAAUCAUGAUGAGCACAGCUGUCAUUGUUGAAAGCCAGAAGGUUGCUGGAAAGGAGGCUUUAGCAGUGGAGUCAUUUGGACGUGCUCUAGCCCAACUUCCUACCAUCAUUUGUGACAAUGCCGGCCUUGAUAGUGCUGAGCUUGUUACCAGACUGAGAGCAGAACAUGCAAAUGGACACCAUAAUAUGGGCAUAGGU